AUGCCAGCUCAAACCAACAAUGUAGGCGGUGGGCAUUCACCCAAAACCGACGGUAGUAAUGACAGAGCUCCGCAGAACACGGCCAAUCGAGGCGAAAUGGGUGAAUUCCCGUACCCACCUACAUUCGACGAUAAGCACGAAGAGCGCGAAUAUCUCAAGGGACGUCUUGCUGCAGCAUUCAGGAUCUUUGGCAAGUACGGCUACGACGAAGGCGUCGCUGGCCAUAUCACUGUACGCGACCCGGUAGACCCUACCACGUUCUGGGUGAACCCUUUUGGAAAGCCAUUCGCGCUUAUGAAGAGGAGUGAUCUGAUCCAAAUCAAUCACACUGGCGAAGUAAUUGGCGGCGGUAAGAACCGAUUAUUGAACAAAGCAGCAUACAUGAUCCAUGCGGCUAUCCAUGAGGCUCGACCAGAUGUCACAUGUGCUGCCCACAGCCACUCAUUCUUCGGACGGACAUGGUGUACACUCGGCAGGAAGGUCGACACGCUCACCCAAGACGCAUGCGCUUUUCAUGACGAUCAUGUCGUCUAUGAUCGUUUCAACGGCGUGGUAUUCGCGGAGUCAGAAGGUCAAAGCAUUGCCAAAUGUCUGGGGAACAAAAAGGCUGCAUUGCUGCAGAAUCACGGUAUUCUGACCACCGGUAAGACAAUUGAAGAGACGGUUUUCUGGUUCGUCUCCCUCGACAAGUGCUGUCAUACGCAACUGUUGGCCGAAGCUGCCGCGGCAUCAAGAGGAGAGAAGCCAAUCCCUAUUGGCGAAGAGGAAGCUGUUUACACACACAAAAGUGUUGGCGAUGCGCGUGUAGGGUGGUUCUCUGGUCAGCCUAUGUUCGAAUUGAUACACGAAGAAACGAAGGGCGAUUACUUGAAUUGA